AUGGCGACCAGCGAUACUUCUCCCCCGCGGACAGACGACGCUGACAAACUAAACGUCUGCGUCUGUAUGGUGUAUAAGGCUCAUCACCAACACCAUCGACUACGGCAGCGGAAGCAACGCUGGAGACAGAAGCGUCUGUUUUCUCCUGCUCAGCUCCGUGGAGUGGGUGAUGUGGGUGUCGUGGGUGUCGUGGGUGUCGUGGGUGUCGUGGGUGUUGUUGGUGGAGUUGGUGGAGUGGGUAGAGUGGGUAGAGUUGGUGGAGUGGGUCUUGUGGGUGGAGCGGAUAAAGUGGGUGGCGUGGGUGGGGUGGUCGGAGUGGGUGGAGCGGAUAAGGUGGGUGGAGUGGUGGUCGGAGUUGGUGGAGUGGGUGGAGUAGGUGGAGUGGGUGGAUUGGGUGGAGUGGGUGGAGUAGGUGGAGUUGGUGGAGUGGGUGGAGUAGGUGGAGUGGGUGGAGUGGGUGGAGUGGUCGGAGUGGGUGGAGUGGGUGGAGUGGUCGGAGUUGGUGGAGUGGGUGGAGUAGGUGGAGUGGGUGGAUUGGGUGGAGUGGGUGGAGUAGGUGGAGUUGGUGGAGUGGGUGGAGUGGGUGGAGUGGGUGGAGUGGUCGGAGUGGGUGGAGUGGGUGGAGUUGGUGUUGUGGAUUGA